UUGGGACUUCCCAUGUAGUCUGCAUCAGUGGAUCAUGAGGACAAACCAUUUAUCAAAUCUGGGAAAGACAAAAGGCAAACAUAAGAUUAAAAAGUAAUGCAGAUCUUCACCAGAUGGCUCUGCUGCUUAAUAAGUAAAAUCACUAUCACAGAAGGUGAUAACCAAGGAUAAUUAGGUAAAUGACCACACUCCAUUUAAUCACAGUUCAGAAGAUCUUCCCUAAUUUCUGCUGAAGUCUCUUCAAUAAUUUCACCUACCUCUGGAAGAAACUAGAGGACUAAUGGGAAGAGUCCAUUGGUGUUUACGUGGGAAAAGGAAGGUGCAAGCCAUUCCAGCUCAAGGAAAGAAAGGAAGGGAGGGAGGGAGGAAGAAAGAGAAAGAGAAAGAGAAAUGGGGAAAGGAAGGAAGGGAAAAGAGAGAGAGGAAGAAAGGAGGGUAGAAGAAAGAAAGGAGGGAGGGAAGAAAGAAGAGAAACUGACUUUCCAAAGAUACAGCUGAAGCAGCAGCUAAGAGGUAACAUUAUGAAAGUAUGGGAUAUCAUUCCUCAGGAUGCAGUGUAUUUAUUAAAUCAGAGGCCUGUAAAGCGUACUGUGUUCCCAAUAGGAAGAAUACACGGAUCCAGGAACCAAGGAGUAGAAGCGGGAGUAGCUCCACUUACCAUCUCUCGGAUUGACUCACUCAGAUAUGUUAUGCUUUCAUUUCUGUAACUCUGGGCUCUGCAGGGUCAAAGGUCCAGGUCCCCAAAGAAGAUGCACCCUUGCCAAGUUACACAGAAAGGUCUCAUUGAACUGCAAGCUACAGCUUUUCCCAGGACACUUUGGAUUUCUUGUGUCUAGGGACCAGGAGAUGUGAAGAGGAGUUGCCAUACUGUUGAGGCGAAGUAACCCUGAUUAGCAGGAGGGAGGUAGGGCUGCUUUUACUCAGUAGAGGCAGAAAAGAAUUUAUGUAGAACCCAGGUAAUCUACUUGGGCACUUUCUGGUACUCCCAUGCUCCAUUUUAACUGUGAAUGUAUGUGUGUAGCCACCUCAGCCUGAGAAAAAUAUGAUUACCAAGGGCUUAACCUCUCAGAAUUGGUGACAGGGUAAAUAAGAAUAAGCAAGUAAGACCUGAGGGUAAAGGGAGGUUAGAAUACAUAGUAAAGGAAGGAGUGGAUGGGUGCUAGUUGCAGCCCCAAGAUCUGCGGCAUUGACAGUGACUACAGUUUGUUUGUCCACGUAAACUUCCUCUUAAGUUUCCCUUCAGGAACAGAGACUGGUAGGAAGCCUGGAGGAGUUGUCUCUUGAAUCUGUCUGGGGAAAUGGAUCCGUGUGACUCAAGAGGUGGACCUGGCCAGGCGUGGUGGCUCACGCCUGUAAUCCCAGCACUUUGGGAGGCCGAGGAGGGCAGAUCACCUGAGGUGCUGCAGUGUGACUCUGAACGUGGCAGUUUCAACGUUACAGUGCUGCAGUGCAUGAAAGUUAUGGUAAACUCAGAAAUCUGUUCUUCAACAGUUAGACUGUAUUUAUGCUGGCUGGAUUUUGUUUAUUCACCUAUUAUCAUCUACCCGUGUCAGCAACCAAGAAACUUGCAGCCUAUCUCAAAGGAAACCAAGAAAGAAGUUUUGGAGUCUUGGCCUGCAGGAAGCUUGUGGCGCGGCGCCCCCUGCCGACCAAUAAGACGGCCACGGGAACGGGGAGACCACGAAGGCUCUGGGCCGGCUGAGGUGCCCACGCUCCUCCAGCUUCUCCAGAAACGGCUUUUUCCGGUGACACCUCGGGAGCCACAGCGAUUUGUUUCCCUAAAGGAAGCGGUUUCCCACCAGGGUAUCGUCCCUAAUACCCUCCGAAGGAGCCCAUUGAGGAGAAAGGCACAGAAUGUCCCGCAGAAGGCAGAAGGACUCUAUGAUCCAGGACACAUAGGGCCAGCCAUCAGGAGGUUUUAUGAGAGCAGCUGGUGGGAAGAUCAGCCCCAGGAGAAGGGGAUUGUCUACUAG